AUGGCUUCCACUGAUAAGCCUGGCACGGAAUACUACAAGGAAGUCCAGCCACCCCCGCCGCCUGCCGAGCAGUAUUUUGUUGUGAAUGUGGCCCUCAGGGUCUUAUUGUUUGCAUCGGUGCUGACUGCUGUCCUUGUGGUAGUCACUAGUGACCAAACGAAGCUAAUUCCUGGGUUAGGAAUAAAUCUCAAGGCCAAGUUUAAUCAAUCCCCAGCUUUCAUAUACUUUGUGGUGGCGCUUUCCGUAACUGGCCUCUAUGGUAUCAUUACAAUAUUGGCAUCAAUCUCCGUCCUGUUCAAACCAAUCUCCUCAACAAAGUUCAUGCUCCAUUUUGCAGUUUGGGAUGUGUUGAUAUUAGGGCUGGUAGCUUCAGCAAUGGGCUCUGCAGGUGGUAUUGCAUAUGUGGGGUUAAAAGGCAACGAACACGUGCACUGGGGUAAGGUGUGCAACACCUUCGACAAAUUUUGCAGGCAUAUGGCAGGCUCCCUUGCUGUCUCCUUGUUCGCCUCGUUUGUGCUUGUCCUGCUCAUCUGGCUCUCCAUUUUCACUCUCCACCGUCGGAUCCCCAAGUAGAUCGAGCCUCUGAAAGUUCAAAAAGAUAUCCAAUUUUCUGGCCAUGCACAACCCUCCAGAAAAUUGUGUUGUGCACUUGUGAUCUACUGUGCAGAUGAUCUUGUCUUCGAUUUGUCUUUUAUGUUGUUUUUAAUUCAUCGUCUAUAUGUGACAU